AUGGAACAACAACAGGAAAAGGCAAGAAGAAAGGCAAAGGGAAAAAAGGAAAAACGGUUAAGAAAGGAUCGCUAUGAAUCGCAAAACUAUUUGCUGCGCAUUGAAGGCACCCUUUGCUGUGCAUCCAUAGGUGAGUACAGCCACAUCUCCAAUGUCUUAUUUAUUCAUGCCUAUGUUCCUAGUCAUUCAGAAGUAAGCCAGUUCGGAGCUUUGAUGUCCUACCUGGAAGCUCACUUCCUCUUAUUUCGCAAUUUGGCUUCUAUCGACAUUGUGUGGCGUUAA